UGCGCAGUAUAGACUGGUGCUGAACAGCUCUUAAUAUAUACAUGUGGAUUUUUUUAACACUUUGUAAAAACGGAUUAUAUUCGUUAUUUAUAUUGUAUAUUAUCUAUAGGCCAUAAAUAAUCCUAUAACAAAAAGAAUGAUUUUUUUUAAGUUAAUUCGUCCAUACAGCCAGUGCACAAAUCAUAAGUCUGCUAACCUGAUUAGAAAAGAGUUUGUAGAUUAUUUUACAAAGGAUUUAAAACACAAUGUUAUUCGUUCCAGUCCUGUAUCACCAAUUACUGAUCAUUCACUCGCAUUUGUCAACGCUGGCAUGAAUCAGUUCAAAGGAAUUUUCUUAAAUCACCACGAGCCACCUGCGAUGAAAGUUGUGAAUUCACAAAAGUGUAUCAGAGUCGGCGGUAAACACAACGAUUUAAGUGUCGUUGGUAAUGAUAGUUACCAUCACACAUUCUUUGAAAUGCUAGGCAACUGGUCUUUCGGGGAUUAUUUUAAGGAAGAAGCUUGCUCCUACGCUUGGAAUCUUUUAACAAAUGUGUAUGGUAUACCCAAAGAAUAUCUGUAUGUAACAUACUUUGGUGGUAAUGAGGAAUUGGGCAUGGGACCAGAUAUGGAGUGCAAGGAUAUUUGGUUGAGACUCGGUCUUCCAGAAUGCAGAGUUCUACCUUUCGGCAUGCGAGAGAAUUUCUGGGAAAUGGGUAUGUCAGGUCCCUGUGGACCCUGCACAGAAAUACACGUAGACUACAUGAAACGACCUGCCAAUCAAGCCGCACGAGUAAAUAAAGGAUAUGCUGAUCUUAUGGAGUUAUGGAAUAUAGUUUUUAUACAAUAUGAGAGGCUUGCAAAUGGAUGUAUAGUACCUUUACCAAAACAUCAUGUUGAUACAGGCAUGGGACUUGAACGAUUAGUUACCUUAUUACAAGGGAAAAAAUCAAAUUAUGAUACAGAUCUUUUCCAACCGUUAUUCAAUGCGAUACAAAAGCUAUCAAAUGCACCGGAAUAUAAAGGAACAUUUGGCAAUAAUGAUACAGGCCAGAUUGAUUAUGGCUACAGAAUCCUAGCAGAUCAUGUGAGAAUGGUUACUGUUGCGCUGGCUGAUAACAUGCUACCUGAGCAACAUCCAAAACUACGAAGGGUAUUACGAAGUGCGAUAGACAUAGGAGAGAAAAUAUUCAGGAAAAGUGGCAUAGUUGCCAAGCUUACCUGUAAUGUGACUGAUAACUUAGGUGAAGCUUAUCCAGAAUUGUACAAUAAUCUGAAACAGGUACAAAGGAUAAUAGACUUUGAAGAAGAUUUAUUAAAGAGAUUGAGGAAUACUUCUGGAAAAAUGUGGAAUAAUAUGGUUAAAAUUCGUCCAGAAUUAGCAUCGAUUACCGAUUGGAUGGCUCCUGGUUUAGUCGACGGCUAUAAAGAUCUGCAAUCCAUGUUGAAAGACUUGCGUAAAACCAAUGUGUUAUCCGGAACCAUUGCAUUUAAGCUGUAUGAUACGUACGGCCUUAAUUCUGAAACUAUAGCGGAGCUAGCACAGAUUGAAUCAUUAUAUUUCGAUGAAGCUGGCUUUGAAAAGGAACUUGAUAAUCGUAGAUAUCAAUCAAGAAUUGGAUUAGAUAAACGUACCAUACUUACCAAGGAAUCUUUGAGGAUACUGGAAGAAAAUCAUGUACCUAAAACGAAUGAUUCAUUCAAGUACAAUUAUACGUAUGAUGAAAGCAGCUAUGAAUUUCCAACACUUAAUAGUAAACUUCUCGGCAUCAUUAUUAAUGGAAACUUAGUCACAAGCAAAAAUUGUUCCGAAAUUACAACUAAUAAUAGAAUAGCUAUAAACAUAGACGAGAUAUUAAAUAGUACAGAUGAGAUUGGUAUUAUAUUGGAUAAGACCGUAUGUUAUUCACUAGAAGGUGGUCAAGUUUCCGACAAAGGAAACAUUCGUAUUAAGAAUUUACUUUUUAACAUAAACAAUGUCAGAAAGGUAAAUGGCUAUGUAAUUCAUUUGGGACAUUUUGCCAAAACAGAUGCACCCACAUCAGAGCUGCAGUUACAAAUGGAAGAUGAUUGUUUAGUUAAUAUAGAGCCGAAUAUUCGUGUUGGAGCUAUGAAACAUCAUACAGCAGCACACUUAUUGAAUGCAGUCGUGAAACAUGUUAUGCAAGUUGCUCAUCAACGUGGUUGUGCAGUCGAUAUGGACAGUUUAAAAUUACAGUUCAAUUCAUUUGGUGAACAACUUACAUCAAAACAAAUGAAGAUAAUAGAAGAUUGCAUUAAUAACAACAUAGAAUCUCGUGCCGCAGUAACUGUGCAAACGUUAAAUUCGCUGGAAUUGUUAAAACAAAACGACAUUACACUGCUCCCUGGAGAAAUAUAUCCUUACACUGGUAUUAGAGUCAUAGAAAUAAACACUGACGAUCUGAAAGCGAAAGAAGCAUGUUGCGGUACGCAUGUUCAUAAUACAGGUGUAUUGCAAUACUUUUGCUUUUUGGCGUACACCUCAAAGGGAGCCACGAAGCGCACUGUUAAAGCUGUUGUUGGCGACAGAGCUUUACGUAUGAAAGAAGCCGGUGAACGAAUAUGGAAGAGAAUUGUGGAGCUAGAAGCUACAAGUGACAAGUUUACAUAUGAACUAUUUAACGCAGAAAUAAAUCGAAUAAAACAGGAAAUCAAUGAUGAAAAUAUACUAUUACCGUACUUGAUUAAGGAGAAAUGCUUGACACAUCUAGAAAAAUUGAGCAAAACAGUGUGGUUACGCGAGAAAGAAAACGAAAAAGCUUGUAUAAUUCGUGAAAUCAGUAAUGCCGCUGAUUCGUCAUCCCGUUGUCUAGUGCAUUGUCUGAAGAAGAAUCCUACACAUUUGUCACUGCACGAAAUCGUAUCCUUCUUUUCUGAAACGCCAAUCUUAAUUCUAUCUCAUAUCAAUGGAUCUGUGAAAGCGAGAUGUUCUGUACCACAGGAAACGAUUUCUAAUACAUUCAAUGCACAGACGUGGAUGGAUAUUGUCCUACAAGUGUUUAAUGCAGAACAUAGACCUGUUAAGGGAUUCAACCCAAUGUUAGUGGCAAGUAUGAAGUCUACACAAGUAUCACAGAAUGAUUUUCAGAUAUAUAUGGAAAAAGCUAUUAUGCAGGCUACUAGAUUUGCGUCUGUGCAUUUACAAAAAACGGAACCUAUUAAUUAUAAGAAUCAAUGAAUGAAUGAAUGAACUUGUCACAUAAUCUUAUGAUUGACAUUAGAAAAAUGCGGCUGUAAUAAAUUCAUAUUUAUAAUGGA